AUGGUGGCUUCUAUGCUGAUUGUUGUUGUAUUCGGUCUGAUCACCAAACCGGAAACAGAAGGCGAUAAUACCUUCCUCGUGGAAUUAGAGACGUUAUCCGGGACAACCUCAGGAAAUUUAGAUUAUCAACGCACAUUGCAAGAGUGGUUACUAUUGCACGAACACAAUCUACAGAAUCGAACUUCCACUGUAUCACCACCGACAGGGAAAUCAGCGUUCCUCUAUCGUUCGGAUGGGACUGGUGGUGGCGGCGGUGACAGUUCAUCACCUGGACUAUCUUCUCUGGGCCCGGAGGAGAUGUUAACGACGGAAACUAAAUCCGUGUUUUCUGCUGCCGGCUUUUUUACUGCGGAUUUGUCUGGAAUACAGCUUUGCUAUUCAUCCUACUUGUUUCAGUCUGCGGCUGAUGGUGGCUCCGUCAGUGAAGCCCUGGCCUAUGCUGGUCAGCGUGCUUGUUCGCAAUCUUUGGGCACCCAUGGUUCGCAAAUGCUGAUUCUUGGACUCAGCGGUGUGCACUUAAUCGCUUUGCGCACGUGGUCUGACCAUCAACCUGGACCACUUGGAAUCAUCCUGCUCCCAUGCUUCUUCAAUAAGAUGCUCACAUUGUUCAAGUUCUAG